AUGGGCGCGCUGGAGCCGGGCACCGGAGCCCCCCGGCCCGCCGCCCCCAUGCUCAGCGCCGCCGCCAGCUUCGCCAAGGAGCCACCCGGCCCCCGGGACGCCGCCGUCGCUUUCUUCGGUGAUGGGGGAGCACCGGAACCGGGAACCCCCCCGCUCCCUUACGGCGCUCCCGGCGGCUUCGGCGGCCGGUUCCUGGGGCCGUGCCCUCCCUACCGGGCUCCGCCGCCUCCCGCCGCGCCGCUGGAAGGUUUUGCGGGCACCGAGAGCGGUUUCGGCGGCGGGGGUGCCCCGCUGUGCCCCCCGCUCUGUGCCCUGCCCGGCUACAGGGCGGCCGGGAAGGUGCAGGUGAUGCUCAACAAUUACCCGCUCUGGGCCAAGUUCCACAAGCACCAGACCGAGAUGAUCAUCACCAAGCAGGGCAGGCGCAUGUUCCCCUUCCUCAGCUUCAACCUGUCGGGGCUCAACCCCGUGGCGCACUACAGCGUCUGCGUGGACGUGGUGCUGGUGGACCAACACCACUGGCGCUACCAGGGCGGAAAAUGGGUGCAGUGCGGGAAAGCCGAGGGCAACAUGCCAGGGAACCGCCUGUACCUGCACCCCGACUCGCCCAACACGGGCGCGCACUGGAUGCGCCAGGAGGUCUCCUUCGGGAAGCUGAAGCUCACCAACAACAAGGGAGCCUCCAACAACGUCGGGCAGAUGAUCGUGCUGCAGUCGCUGCACAAGUACCAGCCGCGGCUGCACGUCACGGAGGUGAAGGAGGGCGAGGGCGAGGACGGGCACCCCUCCCCGCACACCCACACCUUCGCCUUCCCCGAGACCCAGUUCAUCGCCGUCACCGCCUACCAGAACGCCGACAUCACCCAGCUGAAGAUCGACCACAACCCCUUCGCCAAAGGAUUCCGGGACAACUUUGACACGAUGUACACGGCCUCGGAGAGCGACCGCCUGACCCCAUCCCCUCCGGAGGCUCCCGGCUGCCAGCAGCUCCUGCCGGGCCCUCGCUUCCAGCCCUUCCUGCCCGAGCAGUACCCGCUGCCCCCGGGGCGCUUCUUCGGGGGGGAGCGGGGGGCUGCGCUGCCCCUGCCCCCCAAAGACCCCCCCCACUGGUAUUUCCCCCCUCAGCAGCCCCCCGCCCCCGGCUCGCUGGAGUACGGCGGCUACGACGGGGGGUACGGGGGGGGCAAACUGGUGCCCUACGGGGUGAAACCCUUGGCGCUGCCGCCCGCCCCACACCCGCCGCUGCCCUAUUACCCCGAAGGGCCGGGGGGUUUCGGGGUGACGGGGGGCUGGAGCUCCGGGCAGUACGGCCCCAAGGGAAGCGCCGCGGCUCUGGGCUGGUACCGGGAGCCCCGAGAGGAGAAGGGGAAGGAGGCGGAGGGCUGGAUCCCCGAGCCCCCCGCCGCUGUGGGUUCGGGGGACUCGUCGGAUUCGGGGCUGUACGAGUGCAAGAGGAGGAGGGUGUCCCCGUACCCCUCCAGCACCGAGAGCUCCCCCCCGCCCCGCAACGGCGACAUCUACGACAAGGAGCCGCUCACCGACGGGGGCUACUACGGCUUCUACGGCAACUGAGCCCCACCCGGGGAGGCGCG